CCGUGCGUCCAGCAGAGUCGGCCCCGUAGCCAUUAACCGGAGACAAGGCGCCAUGUUGGUCGUGGGCGCGCCCGGGAUUAUCUCCUAAUUUUUGCCACAUGAAUGAGAACUUGAAUUGUUCAGUGCAAAACUCAAGUUGUCAACAAUGGAUCUCAGUGUCAGUAGACGAGGAGAUGAGGAGGAGGAAGAAGGAAGUCAGCCCAGUGCUGUGAACAACGGGUCUUUAACCUCCGAUGAGGCCAUGGAGGAGGAGGAGAGCACGGAGGCUGCACAGCCCACCCCAGCCGAAGAAGCUCCGGGUGAAAACAGCAACUCAAAUGCUGUCAUGGAUCUCUCUGGAAAUGUUCCAGCUUCCAACAAGAGACUCAGGGAGGGUGAGGAAGAUUCUGAAGUGUCAGGUGAAUGUGAGGCUCCGCCCACAUCCCGGCCAAGGCUCACAGAGGCUUCAGAAACAAACAACACUGCCAACCACAUCAACGACAACCACCAACCAGCGAUAGACCUUACCGAUGAUGCUCCAAAGGUGAAUGGAAUCAGUAACGGCUAUGAGAGUGACAGCAAUGGUGUCAAUGAAGAUGACGAGAUGCCCCCUGUGCCGCCCAUCAAGGAGCUGAGCCCAGAGGAGCUGGCAGAAAAGAUGAAGCUGGUGCGUCGACUGCAGGUAGAGCUUCGCAAUGAGGAGAUGAAGCUGGUACUCCUCAAGAAGGUCAGGCAGUCCCAGGCCUCAUCUUCAGCCAUACCUGCCCACAUCAAGGUGUCUCGAGACUACAAGCAGCAAGUGAAGAACCUGGCUUCGCAGGCUUCGGCUGAGUCCUUGUCACCGACUGCUCUCCAGGCCCAGAAGCAUCUCUUGGCCAGAG